CAAAAUUUGAGUAUUGUCCUUGAAUUGAUUCCAAUUCAAACCAGAAGGACAAAAUUGACGUUUUGCCUUUUUCUUUUGCUUGAAACGUUUUGCAAAGAAUCUGGUCCGAGAGAUGAUAAAGGCGAGGGUUACACGUUGAAAAACAGAGUCAACAGUCACUCUCUCUGUGUCCUUUAGCUUUAGCCAUAACCAAAAAAAAAAACCAAAAGCAAGAAGAGUAAGAAGACAGGGCCAGAGAAAGAUUUGGAGGGGAAGACCAAGUCUGAUUUUCAAGGGUCAAUUCUGGUCUUAUAUUUCAUUUGAAUUUGAAAAAGAAAAAAAUCAAAUCAAAUCAGAGACUGAAGACUAAAAAAUACGAUUCGAGGUACUGUUGGUACAAAUUUUUGUUCCUCUGGUUCGGCCUGCCUUUUGAUUCUUUGGUGGUGUGCUUGAGUAAAGGCUAGGGUUUCUGUGUAUAAAAUUGUGUAUAGAAGAAUAGCCGGAUAGGUCGCGUUUGGUGAAGCUGCGAAGCUGAGAUGGAGAGCUAUUUGAAUGAGAACUUUGAUUUGAAGGCGAAGAACUCGUCGGAGGAGGCCCUCCAGAGAUGGAGAAAGCUCUGUUGGAUUGUGAAGAAUAAGAAACGGAGGUUCCGCUUCACUGCUAAUCUCCCCAAGCGUUUCGAGGCUGAAGCUAUUCGACGCACCAAUCAGGAAAAGUUUAGAGUUGCAGUUUUGGUUUCACAAGCUGCACUUCAGUUUAUCCAAGGCUUAAGUUUUCUCAGUGACUAUACUGUGCCUGAGGAAGUCAAAGCUGCAGGGUUUCAAAUUUGUGCUGAUGAGUUGGGCUCGAUUGUUGAAGGCCGUGAUGUGAAGAAGCUGAGAAUUCAUGGUGGUGUUGAGACUAUUACAGGCAAGCUUGGAACAUCAAGUGUCAAUGGAAUUUCCACUUCUGAGCAAUUGUUGAGUCAAAGAAAAGAAAUUUAUGGAAUUAAUAAAUUCACUGAAAGACCAUCACGCGGAUUUUUUGUUUAUGUGUGGGAAGCCCUUCAAGACACUACCCUCAUGAUACUUGCAUUUUGUGCCUUUGUCUCUCUGCUUGUUGGGAUAAUGACAGAAGGAUGGCCAAAGGGUGCCCAUGAUGGACUCGGAAUUGUUGCGAGCAUUUUGCUUGUUGUAUUUGUCACUGCAACUAGCGAUUAUAAACAGUCCCUGCAGUUCAAGGACUUGGAAAAGGAGAAGAAAAAAAUUACUGUUCAGGUUACUAGAGACGGAUUCAGACAGAAGUUGUCAAUAUAUGAUCUACUUCCUGGUGACAUUGUUCAUCUCUCUAUUGGGGAUCUGGUCCCAGCUGAUGGACUCUUUGUUUCUGGGUUUUCUGUGCUGAUAAAUGAAUCUAGUUUAACUGGAGAGAGUGAACCGGUCAAUGUCAAUGCUGUGAAUCCUUUUCUCCUAUCAGGAACUAAAGUUCAAGAUGGAUCAUGCAAGAUGCUUGUGACUACUGUUGGAAUGAGAACCCAGUGGGGUAAACUGAUGGCUACCCUCAGUGAAGGAGGAGAUGAUGAAACUCCCUUGCAGGUCAAACUAAAUGGUGUGGCAACCAUCAUUGGGAAAAUAGGCCUGUUUUUUGCUGUUGUGACAUUUGCUGUAUUGGUUCAAGGAUUGUUCAGCCGCAAGCUUCAAGAAGGAUCUCACUUGAUAUGGUCUGGAGAUGAAGCAUUGGAAAUCUUGGAAUUUUUUGCUAUAGCUGUUACAAUUGUUGUUGUUGCUGUUCCUGAAGGCUUGCCUUUGGCUGUGACAUUGAGUCUUGCUUUUGCCAUGAAGAAGAUGAUGAACGAUAGGGCACUUGUCCGGCAUUUGGCUGCUUGUGAGACAAUGGGAUCAGCCACAACCAUCUGCAGUGACAAGACUGGGACACUAACUACUAACCACAUGACUGUUGUGAAAGCUUGCAUUUGUGGAAAAAUCAAAGAUGUGGGAACCUCUAAAGGAGCUUCUAACUUGUCCUCUGAAAUUCCUGGUUCAUCUUUGAGAGUUCUGCUCCAAUCUAUUUUUAACAACACAGGAGGAGAAGUUGUUAAAAACAAAGAUGGAAAGAUUGAGUUAUUGGGAACACCCACUGAAACUGCUAUUUUGGAAUUUGGGAUGUUGCUCGGAGGCGAUUUCGAGGCAGAACGACAAGCAUCGAAGGUUGUGAAAGUUGAGCCCUUCAAUUCUCUGAAGAAGCGAAUGGGUGUUGUUCUAGAGCUUCCUGAAGGUGGCUUCCGUGUGCACUGUAAAGGUGCAUCUGAGAUAGUUUUAGCUGCAUGUGACAAAUUCUUGAGUCCAGAUGGCGAGGUUGUUCCCCUUGACAGAGCAUCCAUCGAUCUUUUGAAUGGCAUCAUUGAACGAUUUGCUAGUGAAGCCCUUAGAACUCUCUGCCUCGCGUACAUGGAGAUUGGAAACGAGUUCUCUGCUGAAAGUCCUAUUCCUAGCUCUGGGUAUACAUGUAUAGGCAUUGUGGGUAUCAAAGAUCCAGUUCGUCCUGGUGUCAAGGAGUCUGUUGAGAUUUGUAGGUCUGCUGGCAUUACUGUCAGGAUGGUAACUGGAGACAACAUAAACACUGCAAAAGCAAUUGCAAGAGAAUGUGGAAUUUUGACUGAUGGGGGUUUGGCAAUUGAAGGCCCUGAAUUCCGUGAGAAGAGCGAGGAGGAAUUACAAAAAAUUAUUCCAAAACUUCAGGUAAUGGCUCGAUCUUCACCAAUGGAUAAGCAUACCCUUGUAAAACAAUUGCGAACCACUUUUGAAGAAGUUGUUGCUGUGACUGGUGAUGGUACAAAUGAUGCUCCAGCGCUUCAUGAAGCUGAUAUAGGACUUGCAAUGGGCAUUGCUGGAACUGAGGUGGCAAAAGAAAGUGCUGAUGUGAUAAUUUUGGAUGAUAACUUCUCUACAAUUGUGACUGUGGCCAAAUGGGGGCGUUCAGUUUACUUAAACAUACAGAAGUUUGUUCAGUUCCAGUUAACUGUCAAUGUUGUCGCCCUUGUUGUCAACUUUUCUUCAGCCUGUUUAACCGGAAAUACUCCCCUUACUGCUGUUCAGCUUCUCUGGGUCAACAUGAUCAUGGACACUCUAGGAGCCCUUGCAUUAGCCACAGAGCCUCCUAAUGAUGAUUUAAUGAAGAGAACACCGGUUGGUAGGAAAGGGAACUUCAUCACUAAUGUGAUGUGGAGGAAUAUCCUAGGGCAGUCUCUGUAUCAGUUUGUGAUAAUAUGGUUUCUACAGACUAGAGGAAAAGAAGCCUUUCAGCUGGUUGGCCCAGAUUCUGAUUUGAUUUUAAACACCCUUAUUUUCAACUCAUUUGUGUUUUGCCAGGUUUUCAAUGAGAUCAGCUCUAGGGAAAUGGAGAAGAUAAACGUCUUCAAAGGGAUAUUGCAGAACUAUGUGUUUGUGACUGUGCUCUCAUGCACUGUUAUCUUUCAAAUCAUAAUCAUUGAGUUCCUGGGCACAUUUGCAAGCACAUCUCCUCUAAGUUUGCAGCAAUGGUUCGUGAGCGUUUUACUUGGGUUCCUUGGCAUGCCGAUUUCAGCAGCUCUGAAAUUCAUCCCUGUGUAAUGAAACAGAUCAAUCAAAACUUGAAAAGGUACUUGUCGACAGCUGGAGGUUUUGUUUGGGGGAUCAUUUCAAAGAUCAUUAUCAUUCUUUUGAUACUGUAAAGUCGGAAAGUCUAGCAAAUUUGAAGGCUAAAAAGAUGUAAUAUCCUCAACUUCCGGAAAGAUGUCGGUUUUUGUAAACAUGAUGUGUGAUAGCUGUUCUAACUUCUAACUGGUGAAACGUUUAAGGGAUUUAGUUUGCGCUGACAGAAGUUUGAUCCUGCAGUUCAUUCUUGGCA